UUCAAAACCCUAUUAAUCUUUAUGAUAAUCCUGCGUGGGAGGUAAAGUCAAACUCUUUGUCUCCCUUGAGUACUCACUGCUCCACCAUGCCCUCCCUCGCAUCGAGACAAGUAGCUGUCAUUGUCAGCUUCGCAAUACUGAAUGCAUUAGCUCUGAUGGCCGUGGUUGCUACAGUCAACGGAGGCGUCGGUAUCCCUCUCACUCAAGCUAUAGCAUCUGGUCUUAGCAUCACGAGCGUGUUGAAGGCCACCUGCUUCCGUCUUGCGAUCCUUGACCUCUACAUCAACACCUUCCCUGUCCAAACGUUUUGUAUCGCGGCCUAUGUACUAGAAGGAAUUAUCGUGCUGUAUCUCAUUGGUAGCAUUGCCACCACACUACGUCUCUGUCGCCCACUAGCAUACUACUGGAAUCCAAGCCUCGAGGGCUCAUGUGGCAAUGCAUUGACUGCGGAACUCGCGGCGGCCGUCAUUAACAUGAUCCUUGAUAUCAUCGCCGUAAUACUGCCAGUACCAGUUAUUUGGAAGUUACAAAUGGCCACCGAGAAAAAGGUAGCCGUUACCGCCACCUUUGGCCUGGGACUAGUUAUUUCUGUUAUAAACCUAAUCCGUCUCAUCAAGGUCUUAGACUGCACCUUGGAUCAAGACCUUACAUACUGCACGGCUGAUAGUGCCAUUCUAACUGUGGCGGAAAUGGCAGUUGGGAUCAUGGUGGCCUGUGCACCCACCUUUGGCCCGGUCAUUUGUCCUAGCCGCAGAAGACGGUUCGCAGAGCAGGAGCAAGGCCUCAGUUGCAGCAGGCACGCCAGCGGCGGUCGGUGGCUGUUGAAGCGAUCGAGACAGAAUACUACUGCUUCUUCUCCUUCUACUGCCGAACACCACCCUUACAGACAGUUUAUAUCGGUUCAUUACGAUGCGAGUCUGGCAAUGCAAAGUCAGAACUCUCGGACUGGGCUUGUUCAGAAUAUCCAUCAGAACAAACAUCCCAGCGAAGAAUCCAUGCCCGGAGACGUUGAACAAGCUUAG